AUGGUUUCGAGGAAGGUGGUGGCCAGUUUGCUGCUGGUGUCCCUGCUGUCCGUGCUGGCUGAGCAGACCCAAGGCUUCAUGCCCUUUUUCACCCAGAGUGACUUCCAGAAAAUGCAGGAAAAGGAGAGGAACAAGGCAGGGCAGAAGAAAUCCCUGAGCUCGCUGCAGCAGCUGGAGGAGGAAGGUUUCUCUGAGCAAUCUGGUGUGGAUGUCAAUGCAGCCAAGACCCUCCAGCAAGCCCUUCCUGUCAGAGCUUGGCUCACCCCAAGGCAGCUGGAAAAAUACCAAGAUGUCCUGGAGAAACUGCUGGCAGAGCUGUUACAGGACACCCCAGAUGCUGACUGAUAUCUGCAGGAUCAGAAGAGAGAGUGAUGGAGCUGCUCAAGCUGAAAGACUCCACUUAUGUAAACGAAAUUUGUGAGAGAGAUUAACAAAAUCUGAGGUGAGAUAAUAAAUGUGCAAC